AUGGCGUCCGACCAGGCCCUCCCUACUCCCCCCGAUGCGCGACCCAACCAACCAACCAACCGCCGUCUGGCAAAGCCUCCAGGUCCAAGUCCAAGUCCAAGUCCAAAGUCCACGUCCACGUCCACGUCCAGCGAGAACGAGGAAGCUGGGGAAAACCGUCCUGAUUUAGCCUGUGGUUGGCUCCGCGCCGCCAUCAACCCGACGAGACAGCUGCAAUCUGCGAUACUCCGCCUGCGAGGUGGGAUCUGUCGUCCCAAGGGCGUCGAGGCGUUGACACCGUAA